AAGAGAGAGAGAAAGGUACACCAGUGGCAAACUCGUAAAUAAAGAAUGUCAAAAGAUUGCGGUAACCACGGUGGUGGCAAAGAAGCAGCCGUCCGGCGACUCUGCGGCGCCAUAAUCGCCUUCAUCAUAAUAGUUCUAAUCACCAUCUUCCUAGUUUGGGUCAUACUCAGGCCCACUAAGCCAAGAUUCGUCCUCCAAGACGCCACCGUCUUCGCCUUCAACCUCUCUCAACCAAACCUCCUCACUUCAAACUUCCAAAUCACAAUCGCAUCUCGUAACCCUAACUCCAAGAUCGGAAUCUACUACGACCGUCUUCACGUCUACGCUACGUACCGGAACCAACAGAUCACUCUACGUACGGCGAUUCCUCCGACGUAUCAAGGUCACAAAGAAGACAACGUUUGGUCGCCUUUCGUUUACGGAACCGCCGUUCCGAUCGCACCGUAUAACUCUGUCGCUUUGGGAGAUGAGCAAGGCCGUGGAUUCGUAGAUUUGAUGAUACGCGCCGAUGGGCGCGUGAGGUGGAAAGUGGGGACGUUGAUCACCGGAAAAUAUCAUAUCCAUGUUCGGUGCCCGGCUUACAUCAAUCUUGGUAACAAAGCUGCUGGUGUUCUUGUCGGUGAUAACGCCGUUAAAAUCGGAAGAAAUUCCAUAGAUGAAAUCGAUGAAUCUCAAGCCGAUGAAUUCAUCAUCGUCGACGUAUCAGUUAUCUCCGCUAAUCAAAACCUCUAUGGAGUUGCGGAGACUCUGGAUUCUUUUCUACUUCUUCAUCAGCUCGAAACCAAAAAUGUUGUUGCUCAUGAUAUUCUCGCACUGGUUGGCUCUGCUGCUACUGGAUCCUUGUUCUUGAUUGCCCUAAUGACUCCUAAUUGGAUAUUUUGCUCUUUUGAUUUCGAAAUCCUUAGGUGGAAUGAAGGUCAAAAGCUAACCGAGAUGAGAUUUUACCUUAGGCCGCUUAUGUUUGUGGCACAAGACAUUACGGUGAUGCAAGGUUAGCUUAGUUUUCUCCCUUUUUGAUGUCUAUAGAACAUACAACUGAGUCUUUAUAGUUAUCAUUUCAAUUCUCUGUGUGACUUUUUGGUGAAGUGCGUGGAACGAGAAAAGGGUAAACGCGAAAUCGUUUGAUUCUUUUUUACUUUUCCAAUUUUGUUAAUGCUUUAUCGUUUUUCGAUUCGACGACGAUGAAGAUUCUCAAUGUCUUUAUUCUCUUUUUUCGUAGAGUAAUGAUUGUACCAUCCGCGCGCGAAAGUCAAUAUGAGUUUAUGUAAUUUCUUUUUGCUUAAUUUACCAUGGAUUAUGAUGUAUAAAUCAUAUGUAUCUUAACUGCGAAAAUAAAUCUUGAUUUCUCUU